AGCGCCCGUCUCAACCAAUCAGCGGCGAGGGAUGCUAGUGAAUAGAAGUUUUAGUUUCUGGAGUUCGGGAACAGAUCGCGAGGAGGAGAGAGAUCGACCGGGAGCCGGAGCGAGCCGAGCGGAUGUGUGUCGGGAAAAGAAAGUCAAUCUUGACUUUUCUUUCACUAAAGUCUCUUAAACAAAGCUGAGCGGGAGCCCCCCCCCCCCUCCUCCCUCUCUCUCUCUCUCCCCCCGAAGCGUGAGUCGCAGCAGCGGAGGGUGGCAGGUGUUCGGCGGAGGGAGACGCAUCGUCUUCAGUCGGCCGCCGGAGCCGAAGCGCGGUCACAAACUGCCGCCAACCGGGGAACCACAGCUCCUACGACGGGGACGCACCACGGCAGCGACCACGCUCGCUCUCCGUCCCCUCUCCUUCCCCGCCGGUGGCGGACGGAAGACUCCGCCGAGCGGCUCCAGUGUCGCAGCGAAGAGUUGAGGUCGGCGGCGCCGUGCAACGGCUCAUUUCACCUCGAGCCGGCACUUACUUUUUGUUUGAAAUUGGCGGAGUCACGGUCUCGCACGCAGGUGGAAAACUCCAGUUUGGAAACUUGACGCGUCGGUUAUUUCCGCCGGGUUGCUGACCCGUUGGGCCCCCACCUCCGCGUAACCCGAGUCCGCGCGGCGACGAGCCCCGUCUCGCGGUCGACUCUCACGGGGGUUGACGGUUGGUCCGGCUCGCCCGACCGCCUACACCGCCACAGCCGCGCCGCUGCUCUCCAUCCACCCGGGGGGAGGAGGAGGAGGAGGAGGGGGAGGAGGAGAGGGGGUAGCUGGGUGUUCACACAAUCAAUUACUGAAUUGAUUUCUCUUUUUUUGGUUUGGAUGGAUCAUUCACGUUUAUGAUCCUCAAACGGCUAAGUGAUCCGCGGGGACAAAUCCCCCCACCCCUCCCUCCCUCCCCAUCUCCUCCUCCUCCUCCUCCAGUGAAGGGAUAACAACAACAACAACAACAACAACAACAAAAACAACAACAACAAGCGUGGAUUUGAGAAUAUAAGCCGAUAAGUCUGAAACACACUCAGAUGUAUUAAUUCCAGACGAGGACGAGGGAUGAUCGCAGGACGCAGCUGAGGCGGGACGCGUCGCAACCCGGAGGAGACCGGACCCAGUGAGGGAAAGUCAAGCGACCCCCCCGCCCCCCCCCAUCAACCACCACCUCCACCUCCUCCUCAUCAUCAUCUUCUUCCUCCUCCUCCUCCUCCUCCGCCUCCCUCUCCUCCUGCUGCCUCGCCGACUCUGUGGACGCCGGAGCAGGGGGGAGUCGUAGCGGGGCGGUGACAGCGGUGAACUCCCGGAGAGCUCGGGUCUGUGGCGCGGCGCUGCCGGUGCUGAAUCACCGCUCGGACCUCGAGAGUUGUUGCGGCGGACACACUGUUGGUCCCCCGACCCCCCCUUUUUUCCCCUUCUUCUCCUGCACCGAUGAAACCGGGAAUUAGCUGCCCCCCGGGGGGACCCGCAGCGGGGAGCCGGCUGGCGAGCCCGGGGAGCGGGACGAGCCGGAGCGGGAGCCGGUGUCCGCCCGUCCCCCCGCUGCUGCUGCUGCUGCUGCUGCUCCUCGGCAGCAGCUGCCACAUGUUGCACGGCCAAGAGGUGGCCCCUUACCUGCGAGGGGGUGGACCGGGCCAGCGGGUGACGUUGGAGGGAAACAGGCUGGUGCUGACCUGCCUGGCUGGAGGCAGCUGGCCCCUGCAGUACCGCUGGACUCUGAACGGCAGCAACAUCACCGACUGGACACCGCAGCACAGGUUGUCCGUCCCGUCUCUGAAGAGGACCGAUGCCGGCCUGUAUCAGUGUUCGGUGAGGAACAGGAUGGGAGCAGUGAUAAACAGGAGGAUAGAGGUGCAGGUGGCCUUUCUGGGAAGCUUUUCCAGCGAGGAGCAGAGGAAGACUGUGACGCAGGGCCGAGCGGCCGCCAUCAGCCCGCCCCCCCUCGCCUCCUUCCCCCGACCCCUCGUCACGUGGUUCAGAGACGGACACAAGAUCAUCCCCAACAACCGAAUAGCAAUCACUCUGGACAGUCAGCUGGUCGUCCUGGCAACCACCGCCGCGGACGCGGGACGCUACCACGUGGAGGCGGUGAACGAGGUGACGGGAGAGAACGCAACGAGCGCCGCCGUCUACCUGAGCAUCUCAGUUGGCAAGAAGAACCGUGGGUCAACAGAUCCUGAGUCAGAGCUUUUGGCUCCAGCGAUUGUGAUUGGACCUAAAGACACAACCGUGGUGGCAGGGAGUGAGGCUACGCUGGAGUGCAUCGCUAAUGCCAGGCCGGUGGACAGCCUCGUGGUGUCCUGGAAACGCGAUGGGCGUCGGCUGGCCAGUGGGCGUCGGCUCAAUAUCCCCGCCCCCACCUCCUCUGACACCGGGUUAUAUGUUUGUGAAGCGUCGCUUAGCAACAGCACUGCUAAACCUGUGGAGGCAAGGGCUCAGCUCACCGUGAUGGAACCACCGUCCCUGACUGCCCAGCCCAAGAGGAGGGUCUUGGCUGAGCUGGACAGGAGCGUAGACAUCCCCUGCCUCGCUACAGGCGUUCCCCAGCCCAGGAUAGAGUGGUACAAGGACGCGGUGCCUCUCUCCAAACUGGCCAACCCUCGCUACAAAGUCACCGCCGCCUCUGGGCUGACGGUGCGCAGGGUGCAGCCGGGGGAUGGGGGAGUGUUCCAGUGCCUCGCUCGCAGCGCCGCCGGGGAGACCCAGGCUCACACACAGCUCCUCGUCUCCAGUGUGGCCCCGGCGUUUACAUCCCCCCCAACUGACCAAACGGUGACGCACGGCAACGCGGCCUUGUUCAGCUGCCAGACGAGCGGAGCUCCGAAACCUGCCAUCACCUGGAGGAAAGGACUGCAGGUCUUAGCCAGCGGCUCUGUCCAGGUUGCCGGGUUCACACUGUUGCAGUCGGGCGGUUUGCAGAUUCAGCCAGUUAGCUUCCAGGAUUCCGGAGAGUACACCUGCACCGCCGGCAACUCAGGGGGAACCAUCAACGCCACCGCCACGCUCACCGUCUGGACUCGUACAGUCAUCUCUGUGCCUCCGACAGACAAGCGUGUUAUCAAAGGAACCACUGCCGUUCUGGACUGUAAUGCUACACAUGACCCCAGAGUCAACACCAGCUUCAAGUGGGACCGCGGCGGCGUCGCGGUCCUUCCGACCAGCGGGGGCCGCGUGUCCGUGCGCCUGGGUUCUCUGACGAUUGGCCAGACGUGGUCGGGCGACAUUGGGGACUACACCUGCACCGUGACGUCGCGGGCCGGCAACGAUUCUCGCUCCGCGCGCCUGGAAGUCAUUGAGCUGCCACACUCUCCUCGCUCCCUGGCGGCCCGUCUCAACGACUCCGACUCCCGCUCCGUCCACCUGUCCUGGCUCCGCCCCUUCGAUGGGAACUCCCCCCUUCUGUACUACCUGCUGGAGCUAUCGGAGAACAACUCGCCGUGGAAGGUUUACCUAUCAGAGGUCGAUCCGGCGGUGACCGAGGAGUCAGUGGGCGGGCUCACACCUGCCAGGACCUAUCAGUUCAGACUCUGUGCCGUCAAUCAAGUGGGCAGGGGUCAGUACAGCGCCGAGACCCAGAGAUUGAUGCUUAGGGAGGAGGCACCCAGCGCUCCGCCGAAGAACAUCGUGGCCAGUGGCCGGACGAACCAGUCCAUCAUGGUCCAGUGGCAGCCUCCACCAGAACCCCAGCUCAACGGAGUCCUCCGAGGAUAUGUGCUCAGGUACCGUCUGGCGGGGCUGCCCGGGGACUACCAGGAGAAGAACAUCAGCAGCCCAGAGACCAACUACUGUCUGCUGAAGGAUCUGAUCAUCUGGACACAGUACCAGAUCCAGGUGGCCGCCUACACCGGAGCCGGCCUGGGCGUCUACAGCAGCCCCGUCACAGAGUACACUCUGCAGGGAGUUCCCACCGCACCUCCGCAGGAAGUGGAAGUUGUAGCUAUCAACUCGACCACCAUCCGCUUCACAUGGAACCCUCCACCUCAGCAGUUUAUCAACGGCAUCAACCAGGGAUACAAGCUGCUGGUCUGGCCGGAGCAGAGUGCAGAGGACCUCAUCGUUGUGACCAUCACCCCGGACUACCCGGGUUCACGCCACACGGGGUUGGUCAGCGGACUCAAGAAGUUCACCUGGUAUUUCGGCGCCACCCUCUGCUUCACGACGCCCGGAGACGGCCCCCGCAGCCCGCCCACCCUGCUGCAGACGCACGAGGACACACCUGGACCUGUUCGUCGGCUGAGCUUCUCUGAGAUCUUGGACACGUCUCUCAGAGUCAGCUGGGCGGAGCCCGAAGACCGGAACGGCAUCGUUAUCGGCUACGUGUUGUGGUGGGAAGUGUCUGGCGUGGAGUCGAGUCGAGAGGAGCGAUCUCUCUCCAACUCCACGCUGCAGCACCAGCUGACGGGCCUCACCUCCACCACCACGUACACACUACAGGUGGCGGCGCUCACUGCCGCAGGACGGGGCGUGGUCACGUCCUCCGCCAUCGCCACCGGGGUCCCGCCAGAACUUCCUGGAGCACCGUCCAACUUGGUCAUCUCCAACAUCAGCCCCCGCACGGCGACCCUUCGGUUCCGCCCCGGUGCGGACGGAAAGACGGCGAUAUCGCGGUGGCUCGUCGAAGGACAGGUGGUAAAGGAGGGUGGAGAGGAGGAGGCCUGGAGAGGCGUCUACCAGAAGGACAACCAGCCGGAUGCGGACACGCUGGAGAUCCCCGACCUCGCGCCGUUCACUCAGUACAGGUUCAGGAUCCGUCAGGUGAACAUCGUGGGCUCCAGUCCCAUGAGCGCCCCCUCCAGGCUGAUUCAGACCCUGCAGGCAGCCCCUGACACGCACCCCUCCAACCUCACCCUGCUGUCUGCCACACAGACCAGCCUGUGCUUCACGUGGAAGCCUCUUCCUGCGUCCGAGUACAACAGCAGCCCCGAGACCGUGGGCUACCGGCUGCGUGUGUGGAGGACGGACGGGCAAGGCGGGGACAGAACCGACGAUGUGAAGGGAGCAGCGGGGGCCGCCGAGGCCACAGUGGAGGGCCUGAGGCCCUGGACCCAGUACCAGGUUCAAAUACAGGCCUACAACUCCAUAGGACCUGGUCCCUGGAGCAACACGGUCGCCGCAAACACAGCAGAAUCUGUUCCAUCUGGAUCUCCGGUGAAUGUGACUGCUGAGGCAGUGAGUUCCACCCAGAUCCUACUCAAAUGGUCUCCUCUCCCUCGGGCUCAGAAAAAUGGAGUCAUACUUGGAUAUAAGGUGUCGUACAGCGAGAAGGACUCAGAAGUUCCGCCCAGUGUUCUGACGGCGGCAGGGGAGGGCAGCGGGUCGCUGCUCCUCAGGGAUCUCCGGCAGUACGCCGUGUACGUGCUGCAGGUCCUGGCGUACACGCAGAACGGCGACGGCCCUCUCAGCAGCCCCACGCUGCUCCGCACCAAAGAAGAUGUCCCAGGCCCCACUGUCAGGAUGGUGUUUCCAGAAGUUCGAUUGUCAUCAGUCAGGGUGGUUUGGCAGCCUCCCACAAACCCCAACGGCAUCAUUUUAGGAUACCAGAUCUCGUACUGCCUGGACAGCCGGGACCCGCUGCGCUGGACCACGGUGGAGGUGGGCUCCAACGCUCGCCAGUUCACCGUCACGGGACUCUCCCCCGAGCAGACCUACGUGUUCCGGCUCACUGCUCGCACCGCCGUGGGCUGGGGGGAGGAGCAGGAGGCCCGGGUAGUUACCACCGAACGCAGAGAGCGGCCCCAGCCACCCAGGAAGUUGUACGUUCCGCAGGACAGCGUCGAGUCUCGCCGCCUCCGCCUCCACUGGCUGACGGGUGGCUCGGGCUCGUCUCCCCUGAGGUACUUCACCGUGCAGGUCAAGCAGCUGCCCAACGGGGACUGGAGCACACACGUGGCCGACGUCGCGCACAACGUCACCGCCUGGACUCUUGACAGGUUGAAGCCCUUCACAUCGUACAAGUUUCGGAUGCUGGCCACCAACGACGUAGGGGACAGCGUCCUCAGCAAAGAGACGGAGCCUGUUACGACUCUGCAGGACGUGCCUGACGAGCCUCCGGUGAUCCUCGCAGUGAAACCAACGACCACCACCUCAGUCCUGGUGCAGUGGAAGCGCCCCGCUGACGACAGCAUUAACGGGCUGUUGACUGGAUUCCGGCUCUACUACAGAGAGCUGCCAGUGAACGCCUCCGCUUUCACCGAGGCAGAAGUCCAGACGACCAGAACUACCAGCGCAAGUUCCCUCAUUACAACCAAGAGCACCUUCAAGACGGUCAGCAGCGCCUCGCUAACAGAGUUCGAGUUGACUCAGCUGAAGAAGUUCCAACGUUACCAGAUUGUUAUGACAAGCUACAAUAUCAUCGGAGAGAGCCCACCCUCCAUCCCGGUGGAGGUGUCUGUUGGAGAGGCAGCUCCAUCCGUGGCGCCCCAGUCUAUCAGAGUGUCGGCGGUGUCUCCCUCCAGCCUGGAAGUGACCUGGGACACCCCCCCCCUCGAGACCCAGAAUGGACUCAUCCAAGGAUACAAGAUCCACUACUGGGAGCGGGACAAGCAGAACCAGAGUGAGAAGGUGAUGGUGGUUUUUGUCCCGGACACCCGUGUGCAUCUCACCAACCUCACCAGCUACACGCCGUACAUGGUCACGCUGGCGGCCUUCAACACGGCUGGAGACGGGCCGCCCAGCGACCCCCGCGGGACUCGGACGCUGCAGUCCGCUCCCGGCCCGCCCGGCUACCUGUCCUUCUCAGAGGUGACAGGAGGAAGUGUCAACGUGUCCUGGGGAGCUCCGCUCACUCCCAAUGGACAGGUGGAGGGCUACAGGGUCGUCUACCAGCCCACAGCUCCUGUGCAGGGGGUGAGUAAAGUUGUGACAGUGGACGUGAAGGGCAGCUGGCAGCGGUGGCUGAAGGUUCGGGACCUGGUCAAAGGAGCGACGUACACGUUCAGCGUUCAGGCUCUCACCGUCAGCUACGGACCUCCCGCACAGGCCAACGUCACCGCUCAGCCUGUGCAAGGCACCCCUGGCUCUCCGGCGGGAAUGUCCAUCACCAAGACGUCCUCUGCUCUGAACAUCCACUGGUCAGAGGGAGACAUUGGUGCAACACCUGUGACUGGAUACGUUAUUGAGGCUCGGCCCUCAGAUGAGGGGGUGUGGGAUUCCUUCAUCAGACCCCUCCCUCCCGGCAGCAGGUCUGUCUCAGUGCCGAUGGAGCGCCUGAGGUCGGGGAUCAGCUACGAGUUCAGAGUCAUCGCUGUUAAUCGCUAUGGUUACGGACAGCCGAGUACACCCUCUGCUGCUCUCGCUGCGCUGUCGGAGCGUCCGUUCUACGAGGAGUGGUGGUUCCUGCUGGUGAUGGCUCUGGUGGGACUCAUUCUCAUCCUGGUCCUGGUCUUCACGCUGCUGCUGCACGGACACAGCACCAAGUACAAGGCUUGUGGCACAGGGAAGCACGUGUCGACGGCGGAGGAGUCUGUGACUCUGGACAACGGAGGAUUCACCGCUCUGGAGCUCAACAGCAGAACGCUGAACACCAAGAACUCCUUCCUGAAAAAGAACGGGACCAGAUCCCCUCCCAGGCCUAGUCCAGGCGGGCUUCACUACUCUGACGAGGACAUCUGUAACAACUACAAUGGAGCCGUGCUCACUGAGAGCACCACGCUCACGGAGAAGCCCACCGAGGUCUCUGAGUCGGAGCUAACGGACAGUGACUACGAGGACGAGCAGCCGAAGCACUCCUUCGUCAACCACUACAUGAGUGACCCCACCUACUACAACUCGUGGAAGCGGCAGCCCAAGGGCAUGAAGGCGAUCGGCGCUCCCUUCGGCUACGAGGAAUGCGCCGCCGCGGACGCGGAGCCCUACUACCAGACCGUGGUCACCCAGCACAGCACGGGCGGCGCGUACACGCCCACGGGGCAGCCGGCGCUCACGCACGUCAACCCCAACACCAACCCGCCGGGAUCACGCACCCCCGUGACGGGAUUCUCCUCAUUCGUUUGACUCGAGAGACGAAAUCUGCACAAGACUUGAUACACGCGCGCACACACACACACACACACACACACGUACACGAAGCGAAGGAGGGGCGGGGGAGGGGCCAGAGUGUGUUUGGUCUCGAGGAGAGAAAGAGCUGACGGCGUCAGAGGAGAGAGGGGAGGACAAGGUGAGGAGACGUGGGACGUGGGAUGCCCCAGAGAACUGAAGUUACACUUCUCACUCGCCUUCUCCCCUCGUUCACAAAGAUCAUCACCGUGUGUGUGUGUGUGUGUGUGUGUGUGUGUGCGUUGCUCCCCUACUCUUAGACACCUCUGUCACUGUGCUUACACACACAAACACACACACUAACACACACACAACACACACUGACCUGCCUGUUCAAGAGACUCUCCAGCGAGAGACGAAUCCGUUUGUGUAAAUGUCGAGGAGACAAUUCAACCUCGACGGGGUCGAACACGGAAUCUUCUGCACAACGCUUCUUCUGUUUCCUCUAUGUACGCAUACUUGCACAACUGCACACACACACACACACACACACACACAUAAGGAACUGGGAAGAGAGGAACUUUAAGAGGAGAGAAGAAUUAUUAAAAGGCGGGAGCAGCUUUUACGGACAGAUUCCUGUGCACACACGCGAAGCUGUCAGCUUUAAAAGACCACCACACGGAGGAGCGGCAGCAGAAGAAAAACAACGGUCCAUAAUCAUCAUAUUUGAUAAAGGACUGAGAGCGAGGGUUCUCCAGCACUUAAGGCAUUCUCAGUGAGAGUGUUGCGUGGUUUCUGAGAGCGAUGUGUGACGUUUGGGGUUUGGGUUGGAAUAUGUGAGGAACCAUGGUUUGUUUUUUUGUCGCCAGCGCUUCUACCACAACCCCCCCCCCCCCCCCCCCAACCCCCCUCCAACCCUCAAGCCAUGAAGCUUGCACUGAGCCGAACGCCACACAUUUCAUCUUUAUUCUGCUGAAGUUUAAUUUUUUACAAGUUUGGGCGUGUGUGUAAGUGUGUGUGUUUGAGUGUGACACGUGUGUGUGUGUGUGUGUCUGUGUGUGUGUGUGUGUGUGUGUGUGUGUACGAGCAUGCGUGUAGACAUGGCUCCAUGCUCCGUUCACGCGUGUCUCUGUUGUUCACUGUGAAGCAAAGUGUGCCAUUGUACGUAUGUUUAUGUAUUUUUAAGAUGGAUUUUGUACAGAACAGAACCCCUUUUUACUUGUGUGCUGUUGUGUGUAGUUUCCGCCACGUCUGUGUAACUCGGAGCGAACGGGCGAUGCGGCCGCUCCGGGUGGAUCGACGGCGGGGAGAGGAGGAGGAGGCAGCGAGCGAGUGCAGAACAAGAUUACAGGAUGUUUUUUCAGUAUCGCUCUUGUUCAGACUGAAAGUGGUCGACGUUUGAGCCACGACACACUGAACUCUGGCCUCGGCUCCAGCCGCCGGGCCGACACACACGUGCACUUUGCACUUCCCCCUUCAAGUGCAAACGAGAAUCGUCCGUACGUUUUUGGCUCAUGUAUGAUUUAAAGAUUCCUCCCCCUGCCCACCCCUCACUCUGCCACGCUUGUUUUUGAGUCCCACACGGCGCGUGAAUAAAUGGUCAUUGUUUAACA